CCACUGGUCCAAGCGAUUUUCAGUGGCGAUCCAGAAGAAAUACGGAUGUUGAUCUACAAAACUGAGGAUGUCAACGCCUUGGAUGCUGAGAAACGAACUCCUCUUCACGUUGCGUCAUUCCUGGGGGAUGCAGACAUCAUUGAGCUUCUCAUUUUGUCAGGCGCUCGUGUUAAUGCCAAGGACAAUAUGUGGCUGACUCCUCUCCAUCGAGCAGUUGCUUCAAGAAGUGAAGAAGCAGUGCAAGUAUUGAUUAAGCACUCUGCCGAUGUCAAUGCUCGGGACAAGAACUGGCAGACACCGUUGCAUGUGGCGGCUGCAAACAAGGCAGUGAAGUGUGCGGAAGUCAUCAUCCCCAUGCUGAGCAGUGUCAACGUCUCUGACCGAGGGGGGCGGACGGCAUUGCACCAUGCAGCUCUGAAUGGCCACAUUGAGAUGGUGAACUUGCUCUUAGCCAAGGGGGCAAACAUCAAUGCUUUUGACAAAAAGGACAGAAGAGCUCUUCACUGGGCAGCGUACAUGGGUCACCUGGAAGUUGUUGCCUUACUGAUUAAUCAUGGUGCAGAAGUGACUUGUAAAGACAAGAAGGGAUACACCCCACUUCACGCAGCUGCAUCCAAUGGGCAGAUUAACAUUGUGAAACACCUCCUUAACCUGGGGGUAGAGAUUGAUGAAAUGAACAUCUAUGGAAAUACUGCACUUCACAUUGCCUGUUACAAUGGUCAGGAUUCUGUUGUUAAUGAGCUGAUUGACUAUGGUGCUAAUGUAAAUCAGCCUAAUAAUAAUGGAUUCACUCCCUUGCAUUUUGCUGCUGCCUCCACUCACGGAGCACUGUGUCUUGAACUACUAGUGAAUAAUGGGGCAGAUGUUAACAUUCAGAGUAAGGAUGGGAAGAGCCCGCUGCACAUGACAGCUGUCCAUGGGAGGUUCACGCGGUCGCAGACCCUCAUUCAGAAUGGAGGGGAAAUCGACUGUGUUGAUAAGGAUGGUAACACCCCUCUGCACGUGGCUGCAAGAUACGGACAUGAGCUUUUGAUUAACACCCUCAUAACCAGCGGAGCUGAUGCUGCCAAGUGUGGGAUCCACAACAUGUUCCCUUUACACUUAGCAGCGCUGAACGCUCACUCAGACUGCUGCAGGAAAUUGUUGUCAUCGGGCUUUGAAAUAGACACCCCUGAUAGUUUUGGAAGAACGUGCCUCCACGCUGCCGCUGCAGGAGGUAAUGUUGAAUGUAUAAAACUCUUGCAAAGCAGUGGAGCAGAUUUUAAUAAGAAGGACAAAUGUGGGAGGACACCGUUGCACUAUGCAGCUGCAAAUUGUCAUUUCCACUGUAUUGAGACACUGGUGACAACAGGAGCCAAUAUUAAUGAAACAGAUGACUGGGGACGCACCCCUUUGCACUAUGCUGCUGCUUCUGACAUGGACCGAAAAAGAAAGAAUAUUUUAGGUAACUCCCAUGAAAAUGCUGAAGAACUUGAAAGAGCCAGUGAGAUGAAGGAAAAAGAAGCUGCAUUGUGUCUAGAGUUCCUUCUACAAAACGAUGCCAAUCCAUCCAUCCAAGACAAAGAGGGGUACAACACUGUGCAUUAUGCUGCUGCAUAUGGGCACCGACAGUGUUUGGAACUGCUUCUGGAAAAAACCAACAAUAUGUUUGAGGAGUCUGAUUCUGCAGCUACAAAAAGUCCUUUGCAUUUAGCUGCCUAUAACGGUCAUCAUCAAGCCUUGGAGGUACUUCUCCAAUCUCUGGUAGACCUGGAUAUUAAGGACGAGAAGGGACGCACUGCUUUGGACCUGGCUGCGUUUAAAGGACAUGCAGAGUGCGUGGAAGCUCUCAUCAGCCAGGGUGCUUCUGUCACUGUAAAAGACAAUGUCACCAAAAGGACCCCUCUCCACGCCUCAGUCAUUAAUGGCCAUACACCUUGUUUACGGUUGUUGCUAGAAGUUGCAGACAACCCUGAUGUGACAGACGCCAAAGGACAAACCCCACUAAUGCUUGCCGUGGCAUAUGGGCACAUUGAUGCUGUUUCUUUGUUACUUGAAAAAGACGCAUCUGUAGAUGCAGCUGAUCUCCUGGGAUGCACAGCUUUACAUCGAGGGAUUAUGACUGGGCAUGAAGAGUGUGUUCAGAUGCUGUUAGAGAAAGAAGUAUCUAUUUUAUGUAAAGACGCCAGAGGCAGAACACCUCUGCACUUUGCAGCAGCUCGGGGUCAUGCCACUUGGCUGAGUGAAUUACUGCAGAUAGCACUUUCAGAGGAAGACUGCAGUUUGAAAGAUAAUCAAGGUUAUACACCGCUGCACUGGGCUUGCUACAAUGGUCAUGAAAACUGCAUAGAGGUACUAUUGGAACAAAAAUCUUUCCGCACAUUCUAUGGUAAUAGCUUCUCUCCAUUGCACUGUGCCGUAAUCAAUGAUCACGAAAACUGUGCAUCACUGCUCAUCGGAGCUAUCGAUGCCAGCAUUGUCAAUUGCAAAGAUGACAAAGGAAGAACGCCCCUUCACGCAGCAGCCUUCGCGGAUCACGUGGAGUGCCUCCAGCUCCUCCUGAGUCACAGCGCACAAGUGAAUGCUGCGGAUCACGCAGGGAAAACACCUCUCAUGAUGGCAGCUCAAAACGGUCAUGUAGGUGCGGUAGACUUUUUGGUGAACAUUGCCAAGGCUGACCUGACAUUAAAAGAUAAGGAGCUGAAUACAUCCUUGCACUUGGCUAGCAGUAAAGGUCAUGAAAAAUGUGCCUUGUUGAUACUUGAUGAGAUACAAGAACAGAGCCUUAUUAAUGCAAAAAAUAAUGCAUUGCAGACACCUCUCCAUAUUGCUGCACGAAACGGCUUAAAGAUGGUGGUUGAAGAGUUGCUAGCCAAAGGGGCAUGUGUCCUAGCAGUAGAUGAAAAUGGUCAUACGCCAGCCCUGGCUUGCGCUCCUAACAAAGACGUGGCUGACUGCCUGGCACUCAUUUUGGCUACCAUGAUGCCUUUUUCUCCUUCCAGUUCAAUGACGGCUUUCAACUUCGUUUGUUUUAAAAAAGACAAUUUGGGCAGGACACAUCUCUGCGAUGGCUCCAGUAUGGGUAGCAUUAACUCUUACAAUAAGCCCUUGAGUAAUAACAUAGGAACAGAGGAUGGGUAUAAUGACAAUGAUUCGGAUUCUGAAACAUUUUGA